AUGUCUACUCCUACUGGUGAUAUCGGCCUCAUCGGCCUGGCCGUCAUGGGUCAAAACUUGAUCCUUAACAUGAACGACAAGGGCUUCAACGUUGUCGCCUACAACCGUACCACCAGCAAGGUCGACGAUUUCCUCAACAACGAGGCAAAAGGCACCAAUGUCCAGGGCGCACACUCCAUUGAGGAACUUGUCUCUAAGCUCAAGCGCCCCCGCAAGAUCAUUCUCCUCGUCAAGGCCGGCCCGGCCGUCGAUGCUUUCAUCUCCCAGCUCGAGCCUCACCUCGAGAAGGGUGACAUCAUCAUCGACGGCGGUAACUCCCACUACCCCGACUCAAUCCGUCGCACCCAGGAGCUCGAGGCCAAGGGCCUUCUCUUCGUCGGCUCCGGUGUUUCCGGUGGUGAGGAGGGCGCCCGCUAUGGUCCUUCGCUGAUGCCCGGUGGUUCGGACGCUGCGUGGCCCGCCAUCAAGGAGAUCUUCCAGGCCACUGCUGCUCAGGUCAACGGCGAGCCCUGCUGUGACUGGGUCGGUCAGACCGGCUCUGGACACUACGUCAAGAUGGUUCACAACGGUAUCGAGUACGGCGACAUGCAGCUGAUCGCUGAAGCCUACGACAUUCUCAAACGUGGUCUCAGUCUCCGAGAGACCGAGAUUGCUGACAUCUUCCUCAAGUGGAACACCGGUGUCCUCGAUUCCUUCCUCAUCGACAUCACUGCUAACAUCUUGAAGUUCAACGACGAUGAUGGCACUCCUCUUGUUACUAAGAUCCUCGACUCGGCUGGCCAGAAGGGUACUGGAAAGUGGACAGCCAUCGCUGCUCUCGACGCAGGUACUCCUGUCACCCUCAUUGGUGAGGCCGUCUUCGCCCGUUGCCUGUCCUCCAUCAAGGAGGAGCGUGUUCGCGCAAGCAAGGCUAUCACCGGCCCCCAGAAGGAGCCUUUCCGCGGCGACAAGCAGCAGUUCAUUGAUGAUCUUGAGCAGGCUCUUUAUGCCUCCAAGAUCAUCUCCUACACUCAGGGCUUUAUGCUCAUGAGGGAGACCGCCAAGGAGCUGAACUGGAAGCUGAACUACUCUGGUAUUGCCCAAAUGUGGCGUGGCGGCUGCAUUAUCAAGAGUGUCUUCCUUGGUGACAUCACCUCCGCUUACCAGAAGAACGGCAACCUCGAGUCCCUGCUCUUCGACGACUUCUUCAACAAGGCCGUCCACAAGGCCCAACCUGGCUGGAGGCGUGUCGUUGCUCAGGCCGUCCUCUGGGGUAUCCCUACGCCUGCCUUCAGCACUGCCCUCGCCUUCUUCGAUGGCUACAGGAGCGAAGUCGUCCCUGCUAACCUCCUCCAGGCACAGCGUGACUACUUCGGUGCCCACACCUUCCGUGUCGUCCCUGGCAAGGAGAACGACAAGCUCCAGGCCGGCAAGGAUAUCCACAUCAACUGGACUGGUCGUGGAGGCAAUGUCUCCGCCAGUACCUAUUCUGCUUAA